AUGCCAAACAUAGUGCGUACUGUUGCAAGAUGUACCAUCAUCAAUCAGUAUCUUGAUUCCUGCAAAGACGAAAAUUUUACACCAUUGAGUCGUGCCACUAUGUGGCGAAUUAUGGAAGUACAAGAAGCGUCUUAAAGGAAGUCUCUAAAAGGGAUUGACAACACAGCGGCUGACGGUGCUGAAGGCUUUGAAGCACUGUACGAGAUUGUAGACCAGUAGGAGGAAGCAGGAGCUGAUAAAGAAUGGUCUUCACAAACACGGAAAAGGUUAAAAGACAGUAAGUUAUACUUGAAAACAACCUACCGUGAUCACUGCCAAGAGGAGAGCGCGUGUCCGGACCACUGUAGAGUCUUUGCCUUAAGCGAUGCUAACGAUGCUUAUUAUCAAGCACUCUGUAACCAUGAGCAUGACCAUGCAUGUCGUGAUUGUGAUUCACUAAAGAAAGUAGUUUAA